AUGGAGAAACUUCCUGAUGCAGAAGUUAGCUCAAUUUUGAGUUUGUCUGCGGCUUUGUCGUAUGGGGCUGCUUCCAUGGCAAUGGUUUUUAUCAAUAAAGCAGUUCUUAUGGAGUACUCACAUUCAAUGACUCUUCUCACUGCCCAGCAAUUGGCAACUGCUUUGCUUAUACACGUUGGUCGAAGAUUGGGAUACACAAGGUCAAGAGGAUUAGAAAUGAGCACUGCGAAAAAACUUCUCCCAGUGUCGCUGUUCUAUAAUGCUAAUGUGGCGUUUGCUUUGGCCAGUUUGAAGGGAGUUAAUAUUCCCAUGUAUAUUGCAAUCAAAAGACUCACACCUCUCGCUGUGCUUAUAGCUGGGUUCGUCUCAGGAAAGGGGAAACCCACAAUACAGGUGUCUCUUUCAGUAAUAUUGACUGCAGGAGGGGUUGUGAUAGCUGCACUGGGAGAUUUUUCGUUUGACUUUUUUGGAUAUAGCAUGGCUCUCACUUCUGUUUGUUUCCAGACCAUGUACCUUGUGUUGGUGGAGAAAUCUGGGGCAGAGGAUGGGCUAUCAUCAGUUGAGAUCAUGUACUAUAACAGCUUUCUGUCUCUUCCAGUUUUGAUGUUUCUCAUUGUAGCUACAGGAGAAUUUCCAAGUUCUUUAUUAUUACUAAUUGCAAAGAGUAAUUCGUUUUAUUUUUUGGUGAUCCUUAUUCUUUCAUUUGUUAUGGGCAUUGUUCUCAACUACACCAUGUUCUUAUGUACCAUAGUCAACUCUGCUCUAACAACAACUAUCGUUGGAGUACUAAAAGGGGUUGGCUCUACGACCCUUGGUUUUGUCUUACUGGGUGGUGUGCAAGUGCAUUUUCUGAAUGUGACUGGACUAGUUAUCAACACGGCUGGUGGAGUUUGGUAUUCAUUUGCCAAAUAUCAGCAAAGGAAGAGCAAGCCCCCGAAGCGGAUUUCAGACGUGGAGGCUCAUCAUAAAUGA